UUUUAGCAGGUAGCAUGGCUUGAACGUAAGGAUGGGUGUAUUCCACUAAGUACUGUUGAAAAGCAGUUGGCAGAAUUUUUUGUAACUUUACUUCGAAGGUGAUGUAAUUAAUGGAUCCAAAUAAAAGUACUUGAAAAACUGGUGUGCGUACCCAUUUUAUGCGCCGAUUCCUUGUGCGAAAAUGGUUAGGUACUUUGAACAAAGUUCGGUGUUCCACUAUACUUGGGAACAAGUUGCUCAAGGAUUUUGGAGAAGAUAUCCCAACCCGCACAGCAAUCAUGUUUUGAGUGAAGAUACAGUAUUCAGAGAAGUUCGGGACCAGAAGCUUUAUACAAAACGACUCCUUACAAAAACUAACAGAGUUCCUAAAUGGGGUGAAAGAUUCAUUAGUGGCAGAACAGUCAAAGUUGUUGAAGAGUCUGUUGUGGAUCCUAAGCAGAAGUUGUUGGUCACCUACACCAGAAACAUUGGAUAUGUCAGAGUUAUGAGUGUUAUAGAAAAGGUGACAUACAGAGUAAGCAAGGAAAAUCCUAACUGGACUGUAGCAGAAAGAUCAGCUUGGAUAGAUUCUCAAGUGUUUGGAUUUGGGCGUGCUAUACAAGCAUUUGGCGUAGAAAGAUUUCGCAAAAAUUGUCAGAAAAUGGUUUCAGGCUUCAAUUAUGUACUUUCUUCGUUGUUUCCUGUUACAUCAAUCCCAUUAAGAGAGGAAACAAUGAACCAGGGCUUAGGAUCAACCAAGAAAGAUGCCCUCAAGGAUGCCGCUAAGAAGGCUACUGAUCUGGCAAAAUCAAAAGCUGGGACAAUUUAUGCUUCCUGCCAUGCAAACCAAACAUAGUUCACCUUUAUAAGAGAAAGGUUUAUGCUGCUGAUGUGCACAGGGAAGUUGUUUCCUUUACUGACAGCGUCAGCUGACAAAGCUUAUAAGCCGAAGAAGUUAUCUUUGUAGCCUAGUUAAUUAAAAUUGUAGAAAAAUGUUACCAGAGUAAUUAUGUCACAGUGAAAGGUGAAAUAUACUUGCUACUUGUUUCAGAGUAAUUGCAUUUGAAUGAAACUUUCUGUAUUAUUGUGUUUGCUGGCAUUUCAUAGCCACUUUGGAAUGGUGGAUGUUAUUGCUUCAGUGCAUUUAUUAUACACUAUUGGUGUAAAUACGGCUACUUCUUGAUUCACAAAGAAGUGUAGGUAUAAAUAUCAAGACUUAUAUUUGUAGAAUAUUUCUAAUAACUUUCCAAGACUUUGCAGGCACAAAUGCUAACUAUAUUUUGCAUUUCAUACUGUCAGAUUAAAUGUUCAUUCCUGCAGAUUUGUUACAUAACACAGCAUGUAAAUUGUAUUCUGUCAUGUUAGAAGUAUGUCUUCAUCCAACACAUUAUUAACUUAAAGAGACUGCACACAGGCUGACAUACAUUCUAUUUGUAUAGUGUUGAUCUUUUAAAUAAAUUUUAUAGUUAGGAGCAAGGAAAUUUUGACUAUAUUGUUGUCAGGACUGUAUUUCUUGCUUGACUUUCUGCAGAGGAUAAAAUUAAAACUUUACAAAUAUAUAUUUUAUUUCAUGUAAGAAAAUAAGAAUAUUAACCAAAGGGGUGGAGCAAAUGAAGAUGUGAAGAAGAAGAAGAAGAAGAAGAAGAAGAAGAAUGGGACACAAGUCUGAAAAACGGUACCAGUUGGUUACCAUGCUUCAUCAUAUAGUAUAUGACAAAAUUUUGUUUCUGUUUUGUUAUUCUGUCACGUCAAAUUUGGCCCACUACAUAAAUUAUGCAGUUUUGAUCUCUUACUUUUAAAAUUUUGAAGGAAACUCACUAUUCUUUGAUCUGCAGUGUUCUUAAACACUGACUUACUAAGAUCUCAUACUUUCUCAUGAUUGAUUUGAACUGGUGCUUUAUAGUAAUAAUAUUUGAUAUUGUUUUAUUUGUUAUGAAAAUAACAAAUUAACUGGGAAUUGAAUUUUUUAUACUUUGUAACCAGUGCUAAUGGUAUAUGUCAACUGUAAAUCUGGUGGACAAUGUAGAAACAAUGAAAUAAAACAUUUUUCAUUAUGA